AUGGAUGAUCCGGGCUUCCAAAGCAGAUAUCAUAAGUGUAAGUGUAAAGUGAAACUUUGGGAAAAAGAGUUUCGGAAAAAACAUGGACGUAUUCCUUCAAAGUAUGAUAUCAGAGAUUCAUCAGCUGAUGUCCGAGAAGCUUACAAGACGUACUACAAGUUGAAAACCUCAUUGUUACAAAAUACGCUGCAGGAUGUAUUUGACGACGAAGAUGACUUCGACAGCUCUUUGGUGUCGCAAAUGGAGCAAAUGUCGCAAGACAAUUCUAUCGCAGAUAGUUCAUUUUCAAACAUUGGCGAACUGAAAGCAUCAAAUGUCUCGAUUAAUAAUCUUCUGACAGACCAAAUUACUGGACAAGUUAGGGAGUUUGAAGCAGAACAAGAACUGGAGCAAAACACGCGAGCUUGGGGAAAGGAGUUAAACAGAAAAAAGUCGGAAAAAGUUAAAAUUCCCAAAAAAUCUCCGCCAAAACCUAAGGUAGUAUCUCUCACCAAGAAAUUAAUUGAUGUUUCCUCUAUGGUUCCCAGCCGUAAUCCACGGAAAUCACUUGCUAGUAGACUUUCCACUAGUUCGCAGUCGUCUGCUUCGAUUCAAAUUUCAUUCGGUUCUGGAAGUUGGAAGGAUUCGCUUCCGGAUCUUGAGACUUUAUUGAAUGAAAAAUCUAAACAGGCGCAACAAUCGUCUCCAGUGCAAGGAUCGAUUGGAAACCAACAACCCAAAAUGCCAGCCAAUCAGCUCGAUGAAGGUUGGCUAAACCGUCAGUCGGCAACGCAAACGGAUCUGGUAGCAUUAGUUGCAUCUCAGAACGCUUGUGAACCCAAAAAGUAUGGUCUUGGCAAUAUUAAUUUGUCGAAUUUGGACAGUUCCUAUGCAGCUCCCGUCGAUGUUUCAAAUAGUUUCGGAAUGUCCGCUCUUAGCAUGAGUUCUACAACCAACGCUUCCGGUGAUUCACAAACCCUAGCCCAAUGUACGGUCUUAGAUCGCUCAAUACAGUCGGAUUCCGACGGGGUAGUGGAAAAUAGCGAAGAUGAAUCAGCGGUUGGAUCACUGAACAGCACGACCAACAUUCGUCACGUAGCGAAAAAACGGAAAGUGUUUACGAGUGUAAACAUGAAAAAGGAAAAGAAGGAACUGGCGACGAAUGAUACUGCUCGUGUGGAGCAAGUGAGUGCGGAAAAAAAUGUUGAUGUAGAGAAUUUGGAUCCGGCUGCCGGAGUUGACACCCCGGAGAAAAAGGUUGAUCCUAAACCGAAAACCGUUCGUGGUCGCAAAAAGCGACUGCCCAAAGCUGAACCCUCGGUUUCUAAGGUUCCAACGCGAAAACUGCCAACACGUGCUCGGAAAUCGAUUAGUUAUCAAGUUCAAGUCACCAGCGAGGAUGAAACAGCAGCUGGUGCGUUUGAAGAUUUUGAUGACGACGAUAAAGAUCCUGAUUUUGAAAACAAGAAAGCGAACGUUUCCGAAAUAGAUUCAAAUGACAGUACGAUUGCGAAUGAAACCAGUGAUAUAGUGGAUUCUGAUCGGGUUGAGGUCAAAAGAAAAGGCAGACCUCGAAAAUCGACGGUGAAUGUUAUCAGAAGUGCUUCCACUCAAAGAAGCAGUCGUAAGCGUCGUUCGGGAAGUGCAAAGAAAAGUCCGUCAGCACCACGAAUCGGUGGAAAUAUUAGUAAGGGUAAAAAGAAAAUCGCGAAACAAGGGCAUGGUCGACUAGCUAAUAAGGAACAGGACAAGGUAAAAGAGGAGCACGCAGAAGAAUUUAAUGAUUAUGUUUUAGAAUUUGGAAUUGAAAGUCUGCAUAAUGUACCGCGGGUUGAGCUAAGCGAGCUAAAGAUGAAUAAUGUAGCAGCUGAAAAUUUUAUUCAAGGAGCUCCAGCUAGGGAAACAGAUACUAAAGGUGCGACCAGUCGUGAUUUGAUAUCGCAAAAAGAAACUGUUUUACAGAAAAAAGUUGCUGCCGGAAAACUGAAUGAAAAUUUCGUUCGGAUUGAUAUUAGAAAGAAAGUGUUUGUAAAAGGUAAAAAGACAAUUAAUUACAGCAAGUAUAAGAAAUCCCUAUGGAAAAAGAAGAAAGCUGCUGCUCUAUGUGGUCCGGAAAUGGAUAUGGGUGGAUGUGAUGGAGGUGUAUUGACUUGCUUUCAAUGUGGUGGUGUUGGUCAUAUGGCUCGCAAUUGCAAAGUAAAGGGUGAACAGUUGCUGCCAAUAGAUGCUGUAGAAGUCGAUGAGUCCCCGUUUCCAACGCUGGAGGAGGCUGAAUCAAUGGCAAAAGCUAGAUCAUUGGUGGUUCACGCUAAUCGCAUUCAAAACCUUCCAAUUACGGAUAAUCCGACGUGGAAAGAGAAAUCCGAAGAUGCCGUCAACGAAUCAGCACGCGAAGACCUCCCUCCUGAAAAACCUUCCUACAUUAGGCAUACUAUACCUGAAGAUUUCCUGAAAGCAUCCGGUAUCCUUGAAUGCACCGUCGGUAGUAAAGACAAAAUUGAGCCACUUUAUCAGCUUCGUCCCGAUGGUUCGCUUCCAGCAACACCGAAAGUGGUAUUCGAUGCCUUGGCAAUGUUCGGUCACAAACAGUUCCGCGCAGGACAAGAACGAGCCAUUAUGCGAGUUCUCAGUGGCAUGUCUACCUUAGUUACGCUCAGCACUGGCUCGGGUAAAUCUCUCUGUUAUCAGCUGCCAGCUUAUUUGUACAGAAAACAACGAAAAUGUGUUACUUUGGUUAUUUCGCCACUCGUGUCCCUAAUGGAGGAUCAAGUGCAUGGUGUACCGAACUUUCUGAAUGCACAAUGCUUGCACACAAACCAAACACCCAAAGUUCGGGAAAAGACGAUGGCCGCUAUCACUUCUGGGGAGUUAGAUGUUCUACUUAUAUCGCCUGAAGCGGUAGUUUCCGGAGAAAAAUCCACCGGAUUUGGGUCCCUAUUGCGCCAGUUACCACCGAUCGCGUUUGCCUGCAUUGACGAGGCACAUUGCGUAUCACAAUGGAGUCAUAACUUCCGUCCAAGCUAUCUGAUGAUUUGUCGGGUCCUUAAGGAAAAGCUAGGCGUUCAUACAAUUCUCGGAUUAACGGCGACAGCGACUGCUCAGACCAGACUUAGCAUUGUGGAACACCUGGCUAUCCCGGAUGGAACCGACGGUAUUAUUAGUGACAUACCGUUGCCCGAUAAUUUGAUACUGACCGUGUCGAAGGACGCUAACCGCGACGCGGCACUGCUAAACCUGCUCCGCUCGGAUCGUUUCUCUGAACUGCAAUCGAUCAUUGUCUACUGCACUAGGCGGGAUGAAUGUGAACGAAUCGCAACAUUUUUGCGGACCUGCUUUCAGGAUAUGCAAAGGAACGAUGCAGCGGAUGAAACUGCAGCUACCAAACGAAAGCGGAAGAGAGAAAGCUGCACCGCUGAGCCGUACCAUGCUGGGUUGCCGUCGUCAAGAAGGAAAAGCAUUCAGAAUGCAUUUAUGCGUGGUGAUUUGCGGAUCGUGGUGGCAACAAUCGCCUUCGGAAUGGGCAUUAAUAAGUCGGACAUUCGGGCAAUCAUUCACUACAACAUGCCGAAAAAUUUCGAAAGCUACGUGCAAGAGGUGGGUCGUGCUGGUCGCGACGGAAAUGUUUCCCAUUGUCAUCUGUUCUUAGACAGUAAAGGAAACGAUAGAAAUGAACUGCGUCGGCACAUUUACGCUAAUUCGAUUGAUCGUCAUGUGAUUAGAAAAUUACUGCAGAAAAUUUUUGUUCCCUGUGCGUGUGUGAAAAACUUUAAGGAUGAGAAGUUCUCGGAAGAGCAUCGCAAGCAGCUAGAGGCGCUAAAGGAUAUCGACUGGUCAGAGGAUUUUCACCAAACCGCUGAGACUGAAUCAAUGGUGGUGAAACCACCAAGUAGCACUCGACGAAUCUGUCCGGGUCAUGAAGUUUGCUUUUCGAUAGAAUCGACCGUUCAGCAGCUAGACAUCCCGGAGGAGAAUAUAUCGACACUACUCUGCUACUUGGAACUGCACGAGGAACGCUACAUUCAAGUGCUGAGCAGGGCGUACGUCAUGUGUAAGGUAAUGUCCUAUGCUGGCCCAAGAGCGCUGAAAGCUGCCGCCAAAGAGUGUCCGCCGCUUGCUAUGGCCAUAGCACUAGAUUUGAAGAAAGGCAUCUCGCAUGAUGCAGCCACUUUCAUAGAGUUUCAUGUUAUUGACGUCGCUGCUGCCAUCGGUUGGGACAGUGGAGUUGUUAAGUUUCAACUGAAAAACCUCGAAUGGGUUGUUGAAAAUAACGUUCGUAAACGCUCUCCGAUCAGUGUGAGCUUCUACGAUUUGGGCUUCCGAAUGAGGGCACCGGGAGAUUUAUCGGACGAUGAGCUAGAUACCAAUUUAGACUCGCUGUACACGCGGGUAAUGAAUCAGGAAAAAACUCAACUCGUGCAGCUGCAGUGCGUUUUCGAUGCACUUUCAUCGGUUGUUUGCCAAACUUAUAGAGUUGCUAGCGAAACUGCAAAAUUCCUGGAUUCUUCCGAUAAGCUUAAGACUAUAAUUCGAGCCUAUUUUGAGAAUGAGCAUGGCACUGAUAAUACGGAAUUCGUCCCUGAGAUUGACGAUACUCCGGAGCAUCAACUGCUCAGCGAUAUACGAACAAUGAUACAACGAUAUCCGGAGAAUAAUUUUACCGGUCGUGCUAUCGCCCGUAUAUUCCACGGGGUACAAAGUCCAAACUACCCGGCUGUCAUUUGGGGCCGAUGCAACUACUGGCGGGCUUACACCAGUGCCGAUUUCAAUCGAAUUGUUCGUAUAGCUAAUGCUGAAAUUGUGCGCAUGCGGACUUAG